AUGGCAAGCAAUAUAAACCGUUUUGAAGGAAAUCUUGCAGGAUCUAAUGAUUCGACUGCCAACGUAUCCACUAAUUCUUAUAUAAAUUCUCAAGAAUCCAGACCAAGCAAUGAUGAAGAUGAUAAUGGCACAGAUAGUUCGGAAGAUAUUGAUGAAUUAUUAGAAGAUUUGGCCAAAGGUGAUUCUUUAGAAUAUUCUCUAUAUGAACAAAAAAGAAAAGAAGAAUGGGCAAACUAUUUAAAGCAAGCGUCUGAAAAUGCAAGAAGGAAAGAUGAGGGUUAUGGUAAAAUUAAAAUAUUUACUAAAGAAUCAGAAUUGAUGAGAGCUAUUUCUGAAAAUAAUAUAGAAAAUUCUCAAAAUUCUAGGAUUAUUUUAAAUUUUUCAAUGGAAUCAUUUAGCCGUUGUAAAUUUAUGGAUGAAUCAUUAGAUUCAAUUGCACCAAAUUAUAUGACCACUAGAUUCUUCAAAGUAAAUCCCGUAGUAUGUCCUUUCUUAGUAGAGAGAUUAAAUAUUCGUGUUUUACCUUGUUUAGUGGUAUAUGUUAAUGGUAAAGAGAAAGAUCGUAUUAUUGGAUUUGAAGGAUUAUUAAAUCCAAAUUCUUCUACUACUGAGUCAUUCCCUAUUAAAAAUUUAGAAACAAGAUUAAUUAAAAAUGGUGUUUUAAAUAAACCUAAAAUAUGA